AUGCUGCCCUUCCAAUCAAAUGUUGAGCGUGAGAUUAAGAGGAAUUUCACUGCCAAGACUCCUGGUUCCGGACUUAACGCGAGUCACAGCCAAACUCGCGAUGACUCCGGCUCAGAGAUUGUUGCAACAAUGACAAUGGCAUGGCAGAAAACAGAUACAUUGUUCGCCGAGUUAGAGCAGAAACUCGAUCCUUCCAACCGCGAAGUCGCUGCAAAAUAUCUCCGUGCACUCAAGAGUAGUGUUGCCCAGCAGCUUAAAGAACAAGAACAAGAACAAGAACUGAAACCCCAGAAAAAUCAACACGCGGAGGAAUUAAAUGAACUUUGCAGACAGCUAUCUGAGAAUGAUAAGGAGAAUGCUCAAUUGAGGACGGAGAUAACAGUUCUUUCCGAGACGAAGUCCACGCUCAAGCAGGACAACACAAGAUUGUUGCAUGAACUGGAUUACGAGACGGAAAAAUGCGUCAUGCACCAAAGAUCGAAACACAGUCUCAUACACCAGCUGGAGCUUGCAGUAGAUGCAAAGGACUACUUCGAAGCUAAGGAAGAAAACAUGAGACUUCAAGCUCAGAUUAAUGGGAUUGAGGAGGAGAAAGCGAAUCUUCAAUUGAAGGUUAAAUUGAGAUUCCUCGAGCAAGCCAAAGAGUUCGUCAUCAAUAAAAGGGAUCGCCCUGAGCUCAACCACGAGCUGCGAGACGAGGCGAAUCUGGCAGCCCAUUAUGGCAACAUCAUAGCAGACGAAUCUCUCUUCAAGCUUGAGUAUAUCCCGUUAGACUGCCUGGAAAUGACUAGAAGAGUAUUCAGAGAACUACAUAGCUAUUAUCUAGACCGCCGUCGGUACUUUGAUCCUAUUGAGAUUCGGCUUUCGAAUAUCCUUGCUGCUAAUCGAGCCCACCGAAGGACAGAAAGCUCGGCAUCCCAGCGCAAAGACCUAAUGGAGAUGUAUCAACAGCUUCAGGUAUUUCAAGACUCUGACGAACCUUCAACGGUAGAAAUCUCGAAUCAUGUGACGGCGAUCGAGCUGAUAACCGACGACAUCAUUGAUUUGGAUUUGAGAACCCGCCGCGGAUAA